AUGUUGACGUAUCUUGCAUUACCAACUACUGCAGCUAUUGCUGGCUAUGCUCUUUCACAGAGACGUACAGGUGACUGUGAUAAAGGAGAUACUACAGUGAGAGCUAUCUGAUUGGUAAAUCCAGAAAAGAAUCAAGAAGCUAGAGGAAUUGUUCAUUUUGAGCAAGAAAAUCAAUAUGCUAAGACCCAUAUCCAUGGCAAGUUUGCUAAAUUAGCUCGCAACCAUGCUCAUGGAUUCCAUAUUCAUGCUUAUGGAAACUUGUCUCAGGGAUGUGUCACUGCUGGGCCACACUAUAAUCCUCAUGGAACUGAACACGGAGGUCCCUUCAGCUCAGUAAGACAUGUAGGAGACCUUGGAAAUGUCUUUUCUGAUUCUAACGGUGAGGCUACAUUAGAUCAUUGGGACUCUCAGGUAACACUAUCGGGUCCAACUUCUGUAAUUGGAAGGGCUUGUGUCCUUCACAAAUUCACUGACGACCAUGGCUAUGGAGGUACUGCUGAAUCAAAGAAAACUGGAAGUGCUGGUCCAAGAAUUGGAUGUGGUGUAAUUGGUCUUGAUGCAUAG